AUGGGGUGCAAAAUUGACUCCACAAGAGAGUUAUUCGCUGGAGGUUUAACUUCAUGCGGAGUUACUCGCCAGAUGAUAAUUGAUUGCAGUGCAAGCGCUGAUAUGAAAACCUUGAGAAGAAACAAGGAGGGAAUCUAUAACACCGCUCAAAACUAUCAUAGAAAGUUCUCAGCCAUCACCAGGGUCGCUAGAGCUGACAGACCCAGACCCCAAGAAUGCCUUGUUUUGGUGGAGGCAAGGGACACUUAUACUCCACUUCUGCAUCAAAUCUUGCAAAGCUGUGCAAAAACAGGUGCACCCAUAGAAGGUAAGGCCUGCCAUGGACAGAUCAUACGUGUUGGAUUGCAAGCAGACACUUUAACAUCUAACAUGCUCAUCAACAUGUAUUCUAAAUGCAGUUUAGUUGAUUGUGCUGGCAAAGUUUUUGAUGAAAUGCCUGAAAGAAGCUUAGUUUCAUGGAACACGAUGAUUGGGUCACUUACCCAGAAUGGGGAGGAACAGAAAGCUCUUCGUCUUUUCUUGCAGAUGCGAAGAGAAGGAAACCAUUUUAGUGAAUUCACUGUUUCGAGUGUUCUUUGUGCUUGUGCUGCGAAAUGUGCUGUUUUUGAGUGUAAACAACUGCACGCUCUUGCUGUUAAGUUAGCAAUGAAUUUAAAUGUCUAUGUGGGAACUGCAUUGCUUGACGUUUAUGCAAAGUCUGGUUUGAUAAAGGAUGCAAGCAGUGUGUUUGCGUCUCUGCCAGAGAGGAGUGAGGUUACUUGGAGUUCGAUGGUAGCCGGGUCUGGCAGCUCUAUUGAAGGGAAGCAGGUGCAUGCCGUGUUAUAUAAAACUGGAUUUGGUAUGGAUGAGCAUGAGACAAACACUGUGUUAUGGAAUACCAUGAUUUCUGGGUUUGCUAGACAUGCUUGCUCCCUAGAGGUGAUGAUCUUAUUUGAGAAAAUGCAGCAGAUGGGGUUGUUGCUUGAAGCCUAUAAUUUGAUAGAGGAAAUGCCAUUUGAUGCUACUGCUUCCAUGUGGGGUUCACUGUUGGCUUCUUGUAGGAUCCAUGGAAAACUUCACUUGGCUGAGGUAGCAGCUAAGCAUUUGUCUGAGAUAGAGCCUAAUAAUGCCGGAAACCAUAUUCUGCUGUCAAACAUUUAUGCAGCAAAUAAGAAAUGGGAUGAAGUUGCAAGAAUAAGGAAACUUCUUAAAGAAAGUGAGUUGAAGAAGGAGAGAGGGAAGAGUUGGAUCGAAAUCAAGGACAAAGUUCACUCAUUUAUGGUUGGAGAGAGAAAGCAUGCUAGAAUUGCUGAGAUAUACUCAAAAUUGGACUGUUUGAUUGAAGAGUUGAAGAUUAUGGGCUAUAAGACUGAGACUGAACAUGACCUUCAUUAUGUGGGAGAGAACAGAAAACAUGAACUGUUGAGGCACCACAGCGAGAAACUUGCUCUUACUUUGGGGUUGAUGUGCUUACCUUCAAAUGCAUCUAUCAGGAUCAUGAAGAAUCUUAGGAUUUGUGGUGAUUGCCAUUCUUUUAUGAAGAUUGCAUCAUCUUGUACAGGGAGGGAAAUCAUUGUCAGGGAUACUAACAGGUUCCACCAUUUCAAGAAUGGUUGUUGUUCUUGUCGGGAAUUUUGGUAG